AUUUUCUCGACUUGUUUCUUUUGAAUAUGAGUUUAUUUUAGUUUCUUCGUUGAUCAUCAUACUGUUUUCUGUUCCAAGAAGUGACACUAAGAAGCAGAGAAAAUGAGAAACGACCUUAGCUUCCUUGUCUUGUUUCUAUUGAUCAUCUUCUCCAUUCAUGAUCAUUUGGUUGAUGCGUCUUCUUUGCUUGUGAAGUAUCUUCCUGGUUUUGAAGGUCCUCUUCCUUUUGAGCUCGAGACUGGAUAUGUGAGUAUUGGUGAAUCUGGAGACGUUGAGCUCUUUUACUAUUUUGUAAAAUCAGAAAGAAAUCCAAAAAAUGAUCCUCUCAUGAUCUGGCUCACAGGUGGCCCUGGUUGCAGCUCCAUCUGUGGAUUGCUUUUUGCCAACGGUCCUUUAGCUUUUAAAGGGGAUGAGUAUAAUGGAACAGUGCCUCCUCUAGAGUUAACAUCUUUUUCAUGGACAAAGGUGGCUAACAUUUUGUAUUUGGAAUCUCCUGCUGGUUCUGGAUAUUCUUAUGCGAGAACUCGGCGUGCUUUUGAGUCUAGCGACACCAAACAAAUUUACCAAAUUGAUCAGUUUCUUAGGAGUUGGUUUGUGGAUCACCCGGAGUUUAUAUCAAAUCCAUUUUACGUUGGUGGAGAUUCAUUUUCUGGGAAAAUUGUUCCAGGAGUUGUGCAACAAAUUUCACUUGGAAAUGAGAAAGGCCUCACACCACUCAUAAAUAUUCAGGGUUAUGUUCUUGGAAACCCUUUGACAGAUAAAAACCUAGAAUCUAACUACAUAGUUUCAUUUGCUCAUGGGAUGGGACUUAUCUCAGAUGAGCUCUUUGAGUCACUUGAAAGAAGUUGUGAAGGCCAAUUCUUCAACGUAGACCCAAGUAAUGCAAGAUGCUCAAAUAAUCUUCAAACCUUUGACCAUUGUAUGUCAGAGAUAUACUCAGAGCAUAUUUUGUUACGAAACUGCGAAGUAGAUUACAUCAUACCAGAAACACUACAAACCUUACCAAACAUCAGAACCAAUAGAAGAAGAGAACUGAAGGAGUUUUCAGGGAAUGAUUCAUCAUCAUUGCCACCACCUAGCUGCUUUACUUAUAAGUAUUUUCUGUCUGCCUUUUGGGCGAACGAUGAAAAUGUACGCAAAGCACUAGGCGUGAAGAAGGAAGUAGGAAAAUGGAAUCGAUGCAACAUCCAAAACAUACCAUAUACGUUUGAAAUCUUCAAUGCAGUUCCGUAUCACGUGAACAAUAGUCGUAAAGGCUUUCGCUCUCUCAUCUACAGUGGUGAUCAUGAUUCUAUGGUACCUUUCUCUUCAACUCAAGCAUGGAUCAGAGCUCUUAACUAUUCCAUUGUUGAUGACUGGAGACCUUGGAUGAUGAGUAAUAAUCAAGUUGCUGGAUAUACAAGAACUUAUGCGAAUAAGAUGACAUUUGCAACCAUCAAGGGAGGAGGGCACACAGCGGAGUAUAAUCCAGAUCAAUGCUCACUUAUGUUCAGAAGAUGGAUUGAUGGAGAACCUCUCUGAACAUCCUCGCUCACUUCUCUCUUUGUUGUUUGUUUGAUAAUAUCCGGUAAAAAUUGCAAUUUUGCCACAUGUUAUUCUGUAAUCGAAAUAGCUCACAUACUGUCCAUAUAUUUGGAGAUGUUACCACGCCAACCCUCUGAAGCUUAAAACUUUUAAACAUUGUGUUGUACUCUAAACAGAGAAACUCUGUUUCAUGGCAAGUCACAGACCCUGUUUCAUGUUCAAUUUAAGUAUUUCCAAA